AACGGCGCCUCCAGCCGGAGCUCAAUUCAGUUGGGUCCAAGUCCGGACCGAGAUCAAUGUUCAGCAUGCAGUGGCUCCUUACGCUCGUCGUGUGCCUCACAGCCGGCAGUCGUAUCGAGGCGCGUCAGAUACGGAUCAAUCGCUAUGCUGUCAGUGUGCAGGAGGAUGAGGCGGCGGCCCAGGUGAGGGAGUUGAAGCCAACGCCGUAUCCAGCAGCAGGCUACCGGCCGCAGGGACGCUCCUUCUGGCUUCCAGGGGAGGCGGAGGUGGCGACGGACGCAGCUCAAAGCGAGGGAUCCGGCUUGGGUGCGGAGACAACCACAACUGAGGUGCCCAUUGAGGAUGCUUCGACCAGUACUACAGAGUCCGCCGACUGGAGCACCACCACAACCUGGGACUCACUGGAUACCACCACCACAGCCCCGCCCACGGCUAACAAUCUGCGUUCGGGCAGGGCCUUUGUCAGGGCGCCCUAUCCCGCCGCGGGCUACCGUCCCAGCCGCGCCUUCCGCCUGCCCACGGAGGAGAACCAGGAACAGCAGCAGCAGCCCGAAGAACUCCUGGCCAGCAACUCCACCGACAGCAAUGCCGAUCAUCCCGUUUGCGGGGUAAGCACCAAUCCCCUGAUGCCCACCCCAGAGCCCGGCUCCAAGGAUGAGCCGGAUUCGGAGAGUGUGGUGGUCACUGCAAAUCUGGGACCGGCUGUCCUUGUAGCCAGAGCUCCCAAGCCACCGACCUCCAUUCCAGUGGCCAUUCCCCUGCGCUCCCAGCCGCUGCUGGCGGCCCCGCGAAGGGGAUUCGCCUACACUACGCAUGUGGAGCAACGCUGGUGAGAAUCCACCAGCUGCAAUCCAGCUUUGACUUUUUUAUUGUUGAUAGUUCAGUAUUUAUAGGUUUUUGUAUUUGCAAUGAAUAAAUAUAUGUUUACUGUUAUUUAUACCUA